CUGGCUGACAGUUAGGUCGUUGAGCUUAAAUGAAUUUCAUGAAAAUAAUUCAGAAAAUAUCUGAGAAAAAUCAAACGCAUCUGUAAUGAAAUUGAUAAUAUUAUAACGAGAUUCAAUCGAUGAAAACCUCAUUGUACUAAAGAACAACAUAUUUAAAUAAAGUCUCUCAAAAUAAACGUCAAAAGCAAUAAAUAACAGUAAACAAAUCGAAACCAACUGCCCGGCAACUUCCUAUAGAAACUUCGCUGUCAUCACGGAAUUUGUGACCGUGCAUCGACAUUUUAUUGAAGGAUACUUAUAAAGAAUUGUGCUUAAAUGACUAAGUCGUUGUUCACAAAGUGAAUUGGGUUAUUUUAUUUUCAGGAAAUGGAUUUUCUUGAAAGCAUACGUGAUGAACCCGACGAGACAUCUUUAGGACAUAAAAUGUCGCAAGGGAGGUAACUUCUUUUUCUUGUAAAAGCACCAUCAUGUGGCAUUAGGAUAUGCCUCGAGCAAGAGACAAAGAUGAAUACGGUGAGUUCGACGCCCGGUCUUACGCCCACCUCGUUCCUGGCAGUCAACCACCACCAAGUCAACAAUUCAGUCGAAAACACGAGAAGCGAAAGAAGUCAAAACACAAGUCCAAGAAAGCAAAGGAUAAAGACAGGGAGGGUAGAACUAAAACUAAAAGCAGAAGUUCUGGUGCAAAUGCAUCGGUGGAAAUGAUUGGUAGGACUAGUAUAGUGGAUUACGAAGAUGUAAGUUCAGAUUCCAGCUCAUUGACGGAUGUUUCUAGUUCGAAACAAGUUGCACCCGGUAGAAUGGAAGUUGUAAGCUCAAAGCACGAUCAGUCACCUGCGUCUGCCAUUCGAUCAUAUAUAGAUGAACGUAGCGAUAGUCCCUCACCUGUGAUACCUGAAACUAGUCCUUACGCAACUGACAAAAAUUCUCGAAAAGAGAAAAAGCGGCGUAGGUCUCCUGAGAUCGUUAAACAAAUAGACAUUAAAGUGCGGCAUGUGGAAACUCCGAAGGCGUAUGUUGAACCACCAAAGGCAUAUGCAGAGGCAUCGUAUCGGGGUUACAGCCCAACCAGUGGGAAGAAACGACACCGUUCACGAUCACCUCAAAGUCUUCAUAGAAAACGCAGCAGAAGCAGAUCAAGGGGUCGGUACAAGGGGACUCGAGGGUCACCAAGCCCUGGCUGGGUACGCAGGAGCCGUUCCAGAUCUCGCAGUCAUUCCAGGUCACUGAAGCGCAGGCUAACACCUCCCACCAGUCCAUCACGGCCUGCAAAACUUGCAGCCCGCGAGUUUGAAGCAUCUAGUUCAAGUAGUGGCGUUAGACAGAAACUAAAUAAAUAUGCGCCAACAAGUCUUGCCUCUGAACUCAGUAAGCAUAGGAAAGCUCGGGAGAUGCGUAAUCAGCAACUUGCCUCGAGGCAUUCUAGCAGUAAGAUGGACGAUGCUAUAAUAGCUAAGGUGAAAAAGGAAAAACACAGCCACACACCAGAUUCUCGGGCUACUAGUGUAGAGACAUCCUUGCAGAAAGAGCCUGAAUACUCAAGGAAGGAACGUUUACAGGACGCGCGUGAAUCAAACAUUGUAGUCAAAAUAGAGAAUCCGGAUCAUAAUCAUAGACAUGUAUCAGAAUCUAUGUUGUCCACAACUCCGAAAGACUCCCAAAGAAAGGCUCCAGAGGCUGAUUAUUCCAAGAAUAUGGUAGUUGAAGCAUCCUUGCCUGUGUCUAAAAUACCACCACCAAAGGAUUCACCAUAUGAAAGUGUUAGUGACGUUGAGCCCAGUCCUGCUGGAAGCAUUCUUCAGAAGACUACUCCCCCAUCUGCCCCUGUGUCUUUGAAGCACAGAAUCACAGACCUGCCCAUGCCACCCAUGGUAGACUAUCCAAAGAGCAAACCAAGAGAGCAACGAGCAGCCAGCCCCCAGCGCCGAGGUCGCCUCACUGACCUGCCGAUGCCCCCCAUGAUGGACGAGAUAGACAACGAGGACAACAAGUCCACCCCUGACACCAGCAUUGAGGCGGCAGAUAAGAAGGAGGCCAAAACUAAACGACCAAGGAUUUGCCAGAACCGUUCUAAUCGUGAGCGGUUGAAGGGGGAGUGGGGGGAGAGGUGCGUGGACCUGUUCAACAUCAUAGAGAUUAUUGGAGAGGGCACAUUUGGACAGGUGUACAAGGCCAAGGACAGUCGCACUGGUGACCUGGUGGCCUUGAAGAAGGUGCGUCUAGAGAAUGAGAAGGAGGGCUUCCCGAUCACAGCUGUGCGUGAGAUCAAGAUCCUGCGACAACUCAACCACCCCUCCAUCAUCAACCUCAUGGAGAUAGUCACAGACAAGCAGGACGCAGUUGACUUCAGGAACGACAGAGGUGCCUUCUACCUGGUGUUUGAGUACAUGGACCACGACCUGAUGGGUAUCCUGGAGUCAGGCCUGGUCACGUUUGAGGAGAUCCACAUCGCCUCCUUCAUGAAGCAGCUGUUGGAGGGCCUGCAGUACUGCCACAGGAAGAACUUCCUGCAUCGAGACAUCAAGUGCUCCAAUAUUCUCCUCAAUAACAAGGGUCAGAUCAAACUGGGUGACUGGGGUCUGGGUCGUCUAUACGACGCUGAAGAUAGAGAGCGCCUCUACACCAACAAGGUGAUCACACUGUGGUAUCGGCCUCCUGAAUUACUGCUUGGGGAGGAGAGAUAUGGACCUUCCAUAGAUAUCUGGAGUAUAGGGUGUAUCCUGGGUGAGCUGUUCACCAAGAAGCCGAUAUUCCAGGCCCAGCAGGAGCUGGCCCAGCUAGAGCUGAUCAGUAAGACAUGUGGCUCUCCAUGCCCGGCAGUGUGGCCCGACGUCAUCAAGCUGCCUCUGUUCCAUACAUUCAAGCCCAAGAAACAGUAUCGACGGAGACUCAGGGAAGAGUUCUCUUUCCUUCCCAAGCAAGCCUUGGACCUUAUGGACAACAUGUUGGAGCUGGAUCCCUCCAAGCGAUGUAACGCAGACCAGGCCCUCGUGUCUCCAUGGCUACACUAUGUAGAACCUCGACUCAUUACACCACCCAACCUGCCACAUGACCAGGACUGCCAUGAGAUGUGGUGCAAGGAGAGGAAGAAGGCCAUGAAGGAAAUGAAAAACAGGGGAGAGGACCCCAGCACCCUGCCGGUCAAACUGCCAUGCAAGCAGUCCAGCAGCAGAGAAGGGAGCAGGGACAGGGCAUCGAUACCACAAAAAAGUGUUCCACCAGUUGUAGGCAAGGAUUUGUUCGAUAAAACCAAGCGCAAUAACAGCAGCAGUAACUUUGUAGUGCGCGACAAAUCUGCCCUGCACGAUGCUUCAGCCCGUAACAAUAGUUCGGCAAACACCAAUCAAAAACAGUCCUCCAUCACCAAUAAUACAUUGAAUCCUACUGUCUUCGGCAAGCCUGGCCUCACAUCUCUACCGCCUGACCCACCCCCCACACAGCCCCUUGUGUCUAAACCAAGGGAGCUUAGCCCUCCGGACGACUCAACCCUGCCCACCAAGUACCUGGACAUCACACAGUUCAAGGCCCCCGAAGAUCUAGAGGCAGAGGAGGCGGGACGACAUGCUGCAGAACCAAACACAAACCCAGACAUGAACCAGCUGACGUACAUGCUGCAGCAGGGCAUGUCUAUUGACGAGGUCGCAAAGACUAUGAACAUCAAGCUGGAUGAACAGACGUACGAGUUGCUGGCAACACUCAAACAACAGCUGGAUCUGGCAGCUGCGUUGGCUAAGCAGUCUGGAAUGUUGAGUCAUGGCGUGGACACAAGUCAGAAUGAAUCGGUAGGUAAAGAGUAUGACUACAGUGACCCUUCGCUUGGUGCUAAUGCCAUGUUGGAUCACAAUUCCAGGAAAUACGGGAAUGAUCUGAGCUCUGCUAUGUCUGAUCCAUCCGGUGGAGGUUUGAUUGUGGGUGCAGGCGACUACAGUCAAGACUAUCAGAUGCCUUCAGCUUUGCUGCCGCAGAGCCGAGUGCCGGGGCAAGUGGGCAUGGCAAAUUAUGAGAACAGAAGCAUGGAUAUUUCCAAUGACAGUAAUGAUAACAUUAUGGAUAGUUCAGGUAGAGAGAGACUGCAUAGUGGUGAUUAUAUGGGUUAUGGUAAUGACCUACAGGGUGGUGGUUUUGGGGCAUAUGGUAAACCCGCUGUGAGUGACCCUGCAUUGACAGGAUAUAACCCCCAUCUCUCUGCUCAGAAACAGUAUUCCUAUGGUAGUGACAAUGGAGAAACCGCUCAACGCAUUUCAUCCCACAGAAACUCUAAUGCCUCAAAUUAUUCUGGUGAUAUAUCAGGUCUCCCUAGUCUAUUGGGAGUCUCUCCCCCGUUCAAAAAGGUGGACCCAAGUUCAGGGCAAGGGUUUAAGCAUCAGUUGUCUACUGACGAUGGGAAAUUUGGUCGUAGUGGUUUAGGCCAGACUUUUUCUGGGACGCAGUUUGUUUCCUCACAAGGGACUCAGCCCCGCCCCCUGAUGUCGUUUGACCCUUCUGGUCCCAGGGGUCGCGGUCGAAGUGACUUUAGGGGGGCACAGUACGGGCAAAGUGGUUACAAGUAGGAAUAUUUACCUGCAGAAAGUGUUGUGGUCACAUAAAUAGCAACAGCUUUGGUGUACAAAGUGCUGUGUUCAUUUUUUUUAAGUGUGUAACGUUUGUGAAACCCUGGUAGGAAACCAGUGUUGUUAUGGACGACAGCUUUGCGGAUUUAUUUCUUUUGGAAAUGUGCAUGAUUCCAAGAAAUGAAACUUUUAUCAGAAGAGAGGUCUUUCAAGAAGUUAGAAGUAACAAGCUCAAAUGAGUUGUUUUGCACACUUUUAGUGUAUAACCUUUUCCAACUCAGAAGCAAGUUGAAAAAGGCUAUGUGCGAACAGCAUAUAAUGCGAACACCCUGCGAGUAACUCGCAGUCUGUUCCGGUUUUAUGCUGUUUGCUGCUAUUCAGUAUCUUUGGGUUGAAAAAGAAGCCUUUAAAACUUGAAUCUAGUAAGAAAGGUCAUGAAUUCAAUUUAACUUUCUAACAGACUACAAAGACAUUAAAAUAUGUAUCUAAGUGGUAAAGUAAGAGAAGUCACCUGAGGAUUAUAGAAAGGUUCAUUUUGUUGUAAUAAUUGUAAAUUCUGGCAGUUACCUGCCUAUUUAAUCUCUGUUUUAGAACAAUGUAACAGAGAUGUUUUUGUGAUUUGAAAUGUGAUUGUUUAUUAAUGUUUUAUUUUCUUCCUGAAAUAUGUUUUGUUUAAAACAUAAUUAAAAUUGUGUGCAUAAUUGGAACUACUCCUUGAUUACAUGUGCAUUUUAACUUGUCUCAUUCAAUCAUUUGUGAGAAGAACCUUGCAAUUACUAGGAUAUUGACUCGCACUUUGUUGCUGUAGUCAUUAUAAGUGGCCAUUGGAACUUCUUAAGCAUAGUUACGUGUGACAGUUUGCUCUAUAAUAAUGGAAAAUUGUGAUUCAAACUGUGUCAAGCAUAAAAUGGAGAUAGUACAAAUUGAAAUACCGUAUGCUAGAUUGCCUUUAUUGUACAUUGGCAAUAUUACUUUAAUAAGUGCCUGUUUACUUAUCAUAUUUUUCGGCUCUGUUUAUUUUAUGACAUUCAGAUGUCUUUUUAUUGUUAAAAAUGUGACGUUAGGUACAUGUGUGUGUGUGAAUGAAAAACAAAAUUGCAGAAUAUGGACAUUCCAUUGAUAAUUCUUAUGUAAAUACUGCAGACCCAAAUGGCAGAAUUUGUUGUAUCAGUUUUAAAUCUUAAGUAAUCAGAAGCCAAUUUUUGCCCGUUCCACUCUUUUGUGGCCAAUUUUUGCCCGCUCCACCCUUUUGUAAGUCCAGCAAUUAAGAUUUGAAAUAGAAACUAAUUGAGUUAUGCAGUUAUGUGAUAUUAUUGAAGUCAGAUGUAUGAAUUAAUAGUUUGUCAGCUCUGUCCUUGAUUGGCAAGACACGACUGGUGGAUAGUUUGUUGUAGCUUAUAUGCUUUAAGUUAGAGGAUGUACUGUCAAUUAAAAUUUGACUUAAAGUCUUACAGCAGUUUCAGCUAUUCUUAUUGCACCCUUAUAUUCACAGAAACGAUCAUAUUUAUGUUUCAGUCUUGGUGAUGUAUUAAGUUAAAUUCUGUAUUAUUUACCUACAGCGAUUUAUUUUCUUCUUUAACAAAAAGUACCAGAAGACUGCACUUUCCCAAUAAGGGGAAAACAACAAAUUUCCUAAUUGCUGUACAAAAAAUCUCAAUUGAAGCUUUUCACAAAAAAAACAACAUUUAGUUAGUUUCCCUAUGCAGCUCUAUAGCUUGCACCUAAGUUAAUAUGAUAUUGACAACACUUAGUUAUCAAUUUAUAAGUAAUCUGAAGAAAAGAAAACAAAUACACCAAUUUCCCAAUGUGAAGAUUCAUGACACAAAUUUUCUAAAUUUUAGGGUUUAUUGCAUAUAAAAAACAAACAUGAAAAAAUAAAUUAUAUUUAAAUAUAUUUGUUUUGUUCACAUAUAAACAUUCCAUAAAAGUGGAAAGUGUUUUUUUUGAUAAGCCUGUGUGGACUGCAUUAACUCAUUCAGUGUGGGAACCGAAUUUUGAAGGCCUUUGCAAACAGUUUGGAUCCAGAUGAGAUGCCACAGAACGUGGCGUCUCAUCUGGAUCCAAACUGUUUGCUUUUCUGAUAGUAUCCUUGGGAAAAAAAUCGAAGAAAAUGCUAAAUUUAGAAAUUCAACAGACGACAUUUUAGCAGACGACAAAUUUCCCAGCAUGCAAAGGGUUAAGUUUGUUUGUCCCUGAGCAAGGGUUGUAUAGUUUCUAUUGACCUGAUGUAGGGUUGGGGUAAAACAAUAUUGCCUUUGAAUAUGUAUGUUAGUUCAUGUGCUACCAACUGUCUGCAUUUUAGUGGUUACUUGCCUUGUACCAAAUUAAAGAGACAUGUAUGUAUGAACAGAAGUUCUUAUGCCGCUGAUAGAUUUAAUGCUUAUAACAAUAAUAUUUGACAGUUACAUGUACCUGUCGGCACAAACAAAUUGACUUUGUUCUAUGCUGUUCAAUUUUAAAGUAAUAAGUAUUUACCUUUUCCAUUCACUGAUUGUUAUGGCUACAUAUCAUUAAUUGAUCAUUCAACGGCAAAAUUAAUACUUUUUAAAAUUAAAUGCUUAGUUUUACUCAACAACUAAUUAAUCAUCACAUCCAAGUACUGGUGUAUGCAACAAUGAUUAAAUCUGGCUGAAUGCAAAACUGUUUAAUAACUGUCACUUUAGAGAUUGUAUGCCGUGACUUUCGAAAAUUGUUGAUGAGGAUUAUACAAAAUUCUUAUCUUGUAAACCAUGAUUUUUUGUUUGUUAUGUACAUUUGUCCAUUUAUACUUCACUAUUUUGUGUGACUUAUUGUGAGGUUGAUUCUUUAAAACUGUAAAUACAAUGCCUACGUUUUAUGAUAUAUAGAGGAUACAUGUUGAUUUUCUCUGCAUACACAUUUUGUGCACAGAUGGUGUGAUUGUAUAAUUAUUUGAAUUUUUGGUGCGAUCAUGUGUUGGUGUCUUGACACACUGGAUGUAUUCUAGAUUAAAUUGUCAUGCUUAAAAUAUCUUAGUUUUCUUUCGAUUACCCAGCUAUUUUUGAUUCCCCUGACAUAUAUCACAAAAUGUUCAAUUUCUGAUCCAAAUUCUGCUGUACAUGUUAUGUAUUUCAGCUGAUUUCAUCUAAACUAGAACUUUAUUAGAUGUAUAAUUACGCAAUAGUAAUAGAAAGCCAGUGGUUAAUAGAGACCAUUUUCUCGGUCAAAAGUUAUCAAUUUUAUGUUAUAAAUAUACACACUUUUUAUUGGCGUAUACCUGCAUGGAAAAUGGCUCGAAAAAAUUCUGUACUUUUGUUUUAUUAGCUCUACUGGCCAUAGACCAGAAGAGCUUAUGGGAUGGCAUGGUUUCUGUCUUUCUGUGUGUGUGUGCGUUAGACAUUCUCUUGUUUAUCCGAUAAAGUCCACAUUUUUUAUGCGAUUCUUUCUAAACUUGUUCAGUGUUGAUAUAAAUGAGGACUCGAAACCUAUUGAAAAUGGUUUACAUCAGAGUAUAAAGUCCAGAAUUAUCUCCCCUUGAAUUUGAGAAAAUUGUGAAAUAAGGCAUGUUUACGCAAUUAAGUCCACAGUUUCAUCCAAUCAUUUCCCAACUUGCACAGUGUCUUUAUCUGAAUGAUGAUUCAAACCCUAUUGAAAAUGAGCAAUAUUGGAGCUAUAAGUCCAGAAUUAUCUCCCCUUGAAUUGGAGGAAAAAAUGAAAAUCUUUAACAUUUUGCCAUAACUUUUGCAAUAUUGAAGAUAGCAACUUCAUAUUUGGCAUUCAUGUGUAUCUCAUGAAGCUGCACAUUUUGAGUGGUGAAAGGUCAAGGUCAUCCUUCAAGGUCAAAGGUCAAAAACAAAAAAAUCAAAGAGGCCAGAAGGGGACAUAGUGUUUCCGACAAACACAUGUCUUGUUUGUUUACAUAUAAAGUUCUAUCCUUUCGAAACUUCAACGGAUGUUUUAUAUCAUCAAGGGCCAGAACCCCAUUGAGAGUGAAGAAAAUUUGUCCAACUUAUUGAUGAAAAGGAGCCAUUUGAAGUUUAAAUUUUACGUUUCUUGUUAAUGCGAUGAAUUUCCCAUUUUGGGUCUGUUUGUUUAAAACCUACUAAGAUUGUUCAUACUAUCAAGCGAUUUAGCCCUAUUGUUUCCUGCCAGUAGAGCGAAUCAGGCCCACAUGGGCCUCUUGUUGUUGAUUUUUAGCUCGGCGUUUUCAAAGAAAACCCGAGGUAUUGUCAUAGCCAGCUCGUCGUGCGCCGUAGGCGUCGUGCUAAAACCUUAACAUUUUUUACUUUGAAACUUCAUUCGUAGAUGCACAUUGAUGAGUUCUACACGCCACACCCAUUUUUGGGUCACUAGAUCAAAGGUCACUGUGACCUCUAAUAUAAAACUUUAACAUAGGCUCUAAAAUCAAAGUGCUUCCACCUACAACUUUGAAACUUCAUAUGUAGAUGCACCUUGAUGAGUUUUACAUGCCACACCCAUUUUUGUUUCACUAGGUCAAAGGUCAAGGUCACAUUGACCUCUAAUAUAAAACUAUCAUAGGUAGAUUGAUCAUGACUCGCAGAUGACCCCUAUUGAUUUUGAGGUCACAAGGUCAAAGGUCAAGGUCACGGUGACCCGAAAUAGUAAAAUGAUUUUCGGAUAACUCAAGAACGCUUUUGCCUAGGAUCAUGACACUUCAUAGGUACAUCGAUCGCGACUUGCAGAUGACCCCUAUUGAUUUUCAGGUCACUAGGUCAAAGGUCAAGGUCACAGUGACAAAAGUCUUAUUCACACAAUGGCUGCCAGUACAACGGACAGCCCAUAUGGGGGGCAUGCAUGUUUUACAAACAGCCCUUGUUUAUUUCUUGCAUUAAGAAAGGUAUAUAGCAAAUAUAACCUUUAAAUAGUUAUAUGUUACUUUGUUUAGAACCAAAGUUACACCAUGUUCACAGAAAGGUGUGUGGCUUUUAAUGCACAAGAAGUAAAGAUAAUAUAUAAAACUAAAAGCAAAUGACUAUUGUUUUGCACUUAAAAUACAUGAAAUAUUGUGGAAAAUGAUCUUUAGGAAUGCUAAUAAUAAUUUAAUAAGGUUAUCAUAGUAAUUUCUGAGUGCGAGUUUGUUUUGUUUUUUCUAAAUCAAUGUCCGUCUUCUUUUUGUAAUGUUUUUCAAAAAUAUUAUAACAAGAUGUGUUUGUGAAACACUAUGUCCCUCUUUGACCUUGAAGAAUGACCUUGACCUUUCACCGCUCAAAAUGUGCUGCUCCAUGAGAUACACAUGCAUGCCAAGUAUGAAGUUGCUAUCUUCAACAUUGCAAAAGUGAUGGCAAAUCAUUGCUUGAUUGCUAUAGUGCUCUAACUACCAUUUUCAGUUUUAGGAGAAAAACGCAUUUAAAGGUUUAACCUUUAUUUUCUCACUUAUAUAUGCAUGUAUGUGGACACAAAUAUUCCAGAGUGUUUAUCAGCAAUAUGAAUAUAAUUAAAUAUUUAUUUUAGUAAAUUAUAUUUUAAUGUUAUUUGCGAUUUUAUGGAGAUAGAGAGCAUUGAUAGCAAUUGAUAGGCUUAUUUGAGCAUGAAUUCUACUUUGCUCUAAGUCCUGGAGAUGGUGCAGUACAUAUUCACUUGUUUGUAAAAAUGUGGGAGAUAGAGCAAAAUGGAAUCGAAAAACUUCUUCUGUGACGACUGAAUCUGGAAUCCGAUUACGUCAUAUUAAAGAUCUCGUUCUCACGAACACAGCGAUAAAAAAAACUCACUUUUGAAAAAAAAUGGAGGUAAAGCACAAUAGCAAUAAAGCGACGAAAUGUUAAAGUUUGACGCAAACAAACCAACAAACAGGGCAAAAAAAUAUGUCCCCCAGUAUAGACUGAGGGACAUAAAACGCUGUAAAGGAUAUAUUCAGCAAGAAAUUACUGCAUACUUAAGAUGGACGUUUAAUAUUAACAAUAAAUUUAUAUCGUUUCUUGAUUAUUUAUAUAUUUUCCACAAGUACAUGUAGUCAAUGCUUGUUCAAAUAUCAACAUAUUCGUAUUGCCUGUAUAUUUGUAUAAUAUCUUUGAUCUUAGUUUUAAAAUGAAUAUAUUUUCAAGAGAUACAUAUCGAUGAAUUGGCUUUUAACAUUAAUAUAGGCUAGCCCACAAUACUACUCCUGUUCAAGUUUUUAACGCAAGAGGUAUCAGUUAUAAACACAUUAAUGUAAUAGCAUUUUGAUUAGUUUUACACAUUUUGAAGGGCCGAAUGAUAACUGUUAUUUAUAUCUACUUUCAUUGAAAUUUGUAUUGCUCAUGCAGAAAUCUACUUAAUGCAAAUUUAGGAAAGAUGUCUCAUUCUGCUUGAAAGGUUUUGCCCUGGUUUAAAGUACGGUAAUAUGGAAGAAUAUGCACGAUAUGUACACUCUUUGUAUAUUAGGAGACUUUUGGCAUGUUUUAAAUCUGUCAAUAAAUGCAUUAAAUUGCUAAAUUUAAACAUGAAAAACUACAGCUUCAUUUUAAUAAAUAUAUAUUUUUAAAGACAGAAAAAGUGUGUACUGAUUGGGGCUCAAACCAGUGUUCUGUGAAUGAAAAGGCUAUCACAUUGAUCAAUUGAUCAUUCGGUCAACCCAACUGUGUUAUAGCUGAACUCGAUACUAACUGAUUCAAGUGUUGUAACCAGGAUCCAGACAUAAGCUCCCCAGGACAAAACCCCCCAAUGAAAAAAAUGAACAUUUAGACAAUUGCCCCCCAGUAGAAAUGACCGGUAGGAUAUAAGCCCCCCCCCCCCCUCCCACAGUGCUUAUUUUGCAUCUGGACAUUUGCCCCCCAGUGCUUAUUUUAGAAGUGGACAUUUGCCCCCCAGGGCUAAUAUCAUGUUGCUUCCCUUAGACUAUUAUAUCUCUGUAUUUGGAUUCAGUAUUAUUUCAUAGAAACUUGGAUCAUUAUAAUUUGAAAUAAAAAAGGUCCAGAAACUCACUUUAAUUGGCUAAUCUUAGGUAAAACAAACAUCUUAAAGAAUUUUAAUUGUUCUUUAAUUAAUCAAUCAAAAGGAUUAUCAGCUUGUUAAAUGUGUGACAUGUGGCUUUGAUCAUAUACUUGUUAAUGAAUGCACAUUUAAAGGCAAAUAUUUUUGUACAUGUAGUUACAUUGUUUGAGUGAUAAUUAACUAAAAUUAGGAUAUAAGGAAACUAUCACAUUUCAAAUGAUACCCUUUUAUCAAUGAAAUUAUUAAGAGUAAUAAAGGGUCUGACUACCUUUUAUGAAAAAAAGGGGUCUGAUUAAUUAUUGAAGGAUGGGUACUCUUACAUCAAAAAGAAGUCUCGUAAAGAAUCAAUACAUUGGGAAUGUUACAAGCGCUUCAUAAUAUAUUAUAAUUCUCUCUAUUCAAACACUUGAUGUUAUAAUUUUUUUUGAUAAACUGCUGUAAAGUAUGUACAACUGUAAUUUCUAUUGUAUUUAUAAUUGCAAAAUAAAAAUCAUUGUUUAA